UGGGCGUCACCGCUUUCAUUCUCUCUAUUUAAUCAACCUGCAGCACGAGCGCCGACGACUCACUUCAUCUCCUCAGCGGAUCAGAUCGAAACCGUGGAUUGAUAUAACCCACUGACCAAGCGUUAAAGCCAGAAUGACAGAGUUGCAGUCUUCACCACCAAAUGAGGAGAAGAGUUUAAGUGCCAAUGAACUGACUGAAUUCUUCACCAUGUGGCAAGAAUUAAACUUCACAGAUGACAACAACUCGCAGGUGGAAGCGCAAAUGUGCCCCACAUCCUUCAACCGUUCUGCUCUCCUCCAUGCUAUGUGCACCCUCUACUCCUUCAUUUUUGUUGUGGGCCUGGCCGCCAAUGCGCUAGUAGUGUGGGUCAACUUGCGCUCAGGGCGUCAUUACCAUGAUACACACUUGUAUAUAUUAAACAUAGCAGUGGCUGACCUGUGUGCGGUCGCUACUCUCCCGGUGUGGGUGAGCUCGCUGGCACAGGAAGGUCACUGGCCAUUUGGCCAGGCGGCUUGUAAGCUCACACAUCUACUCUUCAGCGUCAAUCUUUUCGCCAGCAUCUUCUUCCUGGCCUGCAUGAGUGUGGACCGGUAUCUUUCAGUGGUCCACUCAAGGGAGAUUUCCCAGAGAAGAGGACGACAAAUACGACGUUUAGUGUGUGUGGUAACAUGGCUGCUUGCUUUAUUUGCCUCCAUUCCUGACGCAUACUUCCUGCAGUCGGUAAAGUCACAACACAGUCCUAUGACUUUGUGUCAUCCUAUAUAUCCAGAAGACAACCCUUUACAGUGGAUGGUGGGCAUUCAGCUGAGUUUUGUGGUUCUUGGUUUUGUCAUACCCUUCCCUGUUAUAGCAGUGUCCUAUGCGCUUUUGGCAAACGCUCUGGCCUCCUCUUCCUCUCAUUCCCCUUCAAAUGGCGACCAGGAUCGCAGCGUGAGCAGGAAGGUCAUCCUCACGUACAUAGUGGUUUUCAUAGCUUGCUGGGCACCAUAUCAUGCUGUGCUGUUAGCCGAUGCGCUAGCGAUGCUAGGUGUGUUCCCGAUGGUCUGCAGUUCAGAGAACGUCCUUUUUGUGGCGCUGAACCUUACGCAGUGCCUGUCGCUGCUGCACUGCUGUGUGAACCCUGUGGUCUACAGCUUUGCUCACCGGCACUACCGCUAUGACCUCAUGAAAGCCUUCAUUUUUAAAUACUCCAAGCGUACAGGGUUGGCGCGACUCAUGGAGGGCUCUCAGGGCACCGAGAUGGAGUACGCAAUGGUGGAAAACACCCCUACAGCUGUGAGCUAGGACCCUCAAGAACAUCAUCCUCAACCGAUGUUCUGCACUGCUUCAAAACAUGAAGUCCUCUGACAUGUUUGCCUGAAAUGUAGAUCAGCAGAACUAAAUGUUUUCCGUCAGAACUGCAGCAAAUGCUCAACAGUGACUGAUAAAGAUAAUGAUAAUUCAUUUGAAAUGUGCCAAAGACUGUUGGGAUUUUGUAAAAUCAAAACCACUUUAAGAUGUUUUCAUGAAAUUCUGGUAAAAUUGAUCAUGCGUUCUGUCAAAAUCACAGCAAGAGAAACCUGGUUUUAGUGUGACAUCAUAAUUGUGUCCAGUAAUGACUUUCCCAAAAAUGUUUGAUGGCUUUCAGUCAUCAUAAUAUGAUACAUAAUGCAAUAUACAAAAAUUAAAGACUUGUGAAAAAAAAUGAAGCUGUAAAUAAAACCAGAUUAUUUUUACAAGUAAUAAUACACCGGUAAUCUUUCUACUUCUAAAUUUCAUGUUUAAUUUACUGUUACUUUCUGUUAUGCUGUUUCUUCAUAAUUAUUUGUGAAAUUUAUUAGCAAUUUUGGAGUGAAAAUGCUUAUUUUAAUUUAACGUCUAAGGUCAACAAACCAUUAAAAUUGUGAUAAAGUUGUGUGAAAAGCACUUUCUUAAGAGGGUCUUUUGUGUCUGUGGCAAGAGAAUUUGCAUUACUUUUGUAAUUUGAACAGCUCAUUCAAUCAAAAAUAACUGAUUGCACUUCAUUGUAGAUUUUGUUUAGUGUGUGUAUGAUGUUUUAUGACUGGCUGUUAGCUUGUAAUGUGUAACUCAUGUAUGUACUUUGAAGGGCAUUUAGCUUAUUUUGUCUCUUAUAGAUGUGUAAAUUUCAAUUAAAGUAAGUUAAGUAUGUUGUUAUA